GACGGAGUGGAUCGUAAGGUCAGUGUCCACAUUAGACCGAGGUGAACAGAGAAGAUGACCGGACAGAACCGGGUGAUCGCUUUCGUGGCAAUUUUGCUGGCUUUUGUCAAUGAUUCCACCUCACUGGAUUUAUCCCACUCCAGGGACAUCCGGAGGGUUUUCAAUGAAUCAGAAGAGGCCAGACAGCUCGAUUUGCGGAUUGAAACCGAGGUUGAACCCCUCGAUGCUGUGAUUGUUAAAGCCGUUGAGAUACCCGAGGAGAAGAUCACCUACGAGGGCUCGCAACUCUGGAGGGUUAAUGUCGCGGGAGAGCAAGUUGAUUUUGUUAAUUACUUGCAAGAAACCGGUGAGGUAUCGAAAUGGACUGGUAAUGACUCCGCGGUCGAUGUCCUCGUUCGUCCUGACAUGAUACCCCGCGUCUCGCGCUUCCUCCGCGAACGCGAAGUCAAGUACGAUGUAAUUAUACCAGAUCUGCAGCAAGCAAUUGAUCAAGAGAAUCCAGUGGAUGAAGAAGCACUGGAGGAACUAGCUGGACGCAAAGGUCAUCGAAUGGAGUGGACGAGUUAUCAUCACCUGGAGGAUAUCCACGGUUAUCUCGAUUAUUUAUCAGAGACCUAUCCGGAGAUCUGUUCUGUAAUGUCAAUCGGUAAUUCCGUGGAGGGGAGACCUCUGAAGGUCCUUCGUAUAUCGAGGGGCGAGCCAAAUGUACCGGCAAUUUGGAUCGACGGUGGCAUUCAUGCACGUGAAUGGAUUUCACCUGCCUCCGUCACGUACAUUAUAAAUUACCUGGUGGAGAACAGUGACGAGCUAAAAGCUGAUUACUAUGUUCUGCCUGUCGUCAAUCCCGAUGGAUACGAGUACACGUUUCGUGGUGAUAGACUUUGGAGAAAGAACAGAAGUAGUCCGGAAAAAGGUGGUGUGUGCAUCGGCGUGGAUUUGAAUAGAAAUUUUGGGUAUCGUUGGGGUGGACUGGGUACCAGCAAACAACCGUGCAGAGAAAUUUUUGCUGGUACUGGGCCAUUCUCAGAGCCUGAAACUGCCGCCAUCAAGAAUUUUUUCGAUGCCAGUGCAGCUGAUUUCAAAGGAUAUUUGACAUUCCACAGCUACGGUCAGUACAUCCUGUAUCCCUGGGGGUACGAUCGUCGAGUUCCCCCUGAUUACGCUGACCUCGAGAGAUUGGGUCAGCAAUCAGCUCAAGCAAUGAAAUCAGCUGGUGGAUCUGGGAGUAUUUAUACAGUGGGGAAUAGUGCAACCACCUUGUAUGCAGCAGCUGGUGGUGCUGAUGACUGGGCUAAGGCCUACCUCAAGAUCAAAUACGCAUAUACCAUCGAACUCAGGGACAAGGGCAAGCACGGCUUCAUUUUACCAGCUAAUUACAUUAUACCAACGGCCAAAGAGGCACUUGCUGCGGUAUUAACUGUCACUGAGGCAUGCACCAAGUUGUAAAAUUGCAUCAGUAUUUUAAUUCCAUUAGACAUCUGAAUAAUCGUGAUUACUUUAGUAUUUAAAACCCUAUCUCUUCCUAAUUAUCCCCAUUAUAUUGUUUAUUAAAUAAAUAUAAUGGCUUGUUA